AUGAUUUUCUUGUUGGAUCAUUCUAUUUUAUUCGGAUUCGAGUUGUUUUUCCCUCGAUAUGAAGUUCUUCGCUGUUGUUGUUCUGUCAUUGUCGCUCUCUCUUUGACUGGGUGCAGCGAUGAUUCAACGACUACUGUUGCUCCUACGACUGCUAAUGUAGUUACUACGGUUGCUGCGAAGGCCACUACUGCAUCUUCUAUUGAGACUACAACUAAAGGUUCCUCCCUCCGUAGCACAUCUUCUUCGGACGAUGGGACUAAGGGGUCGUCGGGUGAUGUUACUACGGGUUCCUCUGGAGCUGCGACUACUACUGCCAGUAGUGGUGGGAGUUGUUCGGCUACUCCAAGUGGGAAGUAUUGCGGAAAGUAUAUGCUCUUUAAGGGUACCGCUACUAUUGAUAAUGGGACUUUCGACCUUGCUGUAAGGCCCUUGGUCAAUAUAAAGGGUGUUGACUAUACUAUGGUUGACUGUACCGACUUCGAGCCUGAUUACAAUGAUCCUCAGAUGGUGGAAAUGGCUGAUACGCUCGGUAUGACACCUGACGAGCUUCAACAGGCUAUGUCAGUUACUUAUGACGAGUCCAACGAUACCUUCGACAUGUCUAUGGAUGGUAUAUCUCUGAAUCUCUCCAAAGACCAAUGCUAA